AUGGUUGUCGAAGAGAAUAUGUCAAAGGCCUGGAAUGAGAGUGCCACACUCCAAAUAGUCGACGCUGGAGAGUUCCAGCCAGACAAGACAGCCAGCCAGCUAAACACGAAAUAUGGUUCUAUUCUCUAUGAGCGAGCCCGAGUCUCAACUGAUGACUAUCGUAAGUUGAACCAACAAGGGUUCUUGAAAGUUGAGGGACUAUUGUCUGCGGAUGAUAUUCGUGAGCUCUCUCAACACAUGGACGAUGUCCUGGCAGGGAAGGAAACAGCACCGGGGUUCCCCAAAAUCGACCCAUCUUUCUCUGCGUCACAACGUGUUGCAGCAUUCUCUCGAAUACAUAAUGCGCAUCGCGUUCAUGCUCUGCACGAACGUUUUCUUCUGCACCCGCGCAUCUUGGAUGUUGUGGAGCAGCUCUCGGGACCGGACAUUCUCGCACUGCAGAGUAUGGCCUUCUUUAAGGAACCUGGGCAGCCGGGGCAAGGCUUAAUCGCUGCAUGGGUCGCCAUUUCAGACGCCACAGAGGACAAUGGUUGUCUCUGGUUCCGCGCAGGCUCCCAAGUCGAGCCGACUUAUCCAUGCCCCGGGAACUCAUUCACACAGGCGGCUAGCGGGCUAGACGGUGUCUUCCAGAAUUUCACGGCAUCCGUCCUUGAGCCUACAGAUAACCAGCUAACUGGGGUUGCCGAACGUUAUCCGGAGAUUCCAUGCCCUGCGAAACCUGGCGAUGUUGUCUUUUUCCGGGGGAAUAUACUGCACCGCUCGCAUGCCAAUAACAGCUCUACAUCGCGGCGUGCCUUUGUCGCGCAUUACUGCGACGCUAGAAGCUUUGUGCCAUGGAACAUUGGCCGUGGCUGGGAAGGGAUGGAUGAAGGAAAGGGUGCAAAUAAUCUGCAUAUUCUGGCGAGGGGUGGUAGCCACUUGCCUUAUGCACACCCCAGAUUCGGCACACCUAUACAGCGGCUUCGAUAG